UGCCAUUUUUUCCAUGAAGCUAUAAACAACAAGAUCGUGAUAAUAAGAGCCGCAAAAGGAAAUACAAUUCUAGGGUUUGAUCCCUUCCCCUUUUGUAACCCCCAACUUUUCCACAAGUAAAUCUCUCUCUGUUUGUCGACUGAUAUUUAUAUAUAGUUCCUCCUUCAACCUCUUCUCCAAAACCCCAUCUUUUCCGUUCAUUUUCCCUAGAAACAAACAAACAAACACUCUAAAUUAUCAUCUGGGUUUCUACUUCUUUUUUCCCCUACUGGACCCUCAAAAAAUGGCAUCAUUUCAAGAGCAUGGAAUGGACCCAGAUGAUGAAGGUGGCACUUCUGAUCUUAGCACGAGCGCUGGUGACCCAGAAGACAAUAAAAACAGCAGUAGCAUCAGCAGUAAUGGGUGCUUAAAGAUAUCAACAAUUGAUGAAACAGAAGCGUUUCAAGUCAUGCCGUUAAAGGAGGAGCCAUUUGACUCCGACCCGUCUUCUGACCCUGACCAAAGAACCAACCCAAUGGGUGUAGUACCGCUAGCUAUGCAGAUGCAGACGCCAAUGCCAAUUUCAAUGCCUCUGCCGGUCACUACAACAACGACAACCAGACGCGCAUCCACCAAAGACCGCCACACAAAAGUGGAGGGCCGUGGGCGUAGGAUCCGAAUACCCGCUACUUGUGCUGCCCGGAUCUUCCAAUUAACCCGAGAAUUAGGCCAUAAAUCAGACGGUGAAACCGUUAGAUGGCUGCUUGAACAUGCUGAAGAAGCUAUUAUUGAAGCAACCGGCACCGGCACGGUCCCUGCUAUCGCGGUCUCCGUUGGUGGGACUCUCAAAAUCCCUACAACAACCUCAAACAAUAAUAAUUCAUCAACUGAAACGCCGAAGAAACGGAAGCGCCCUUCGAAUUCUGAGUUCUGCGAUAUUAGUGAAGCAGCACCCGUUUCGACUUCUCAGACAUCUGGUUUAGCCCCAGUAAAGCCCUCAGCACCACUUGCUGCGGCCGCGACACCACAAGGAAUGGUACCUGUUUUUGCUGUGGGAAAUACUGGCAUGAUGGUGCCAGCGAAUGCUUUUUGGAUGAUUCCACAAGCUGCGGCUACGGUUGCUCCUGCUAAUCAACAAAUAUGGGCCUUAUCGCCUUCGCUAACCCCUGUCUUUAACGUUGCAGCCGCGAGGCCCAUAUCAUCAUUUGUGGCAUCAACAAACAGUGGGAAUGAAACAGGAGUAAAUAUAGCAGCAGCAGCAGCAAGUGUGGUAAAUAUACCUAGCGAGGUUGAAUUUAGGUCACCUUCACCGGUGGUUGCUAGCACAUCGGUUGGGGCUAAAGUGGCGAAGAAAUCAACCAUGGCGCCGAGUGUGAGUUCUAAUAGUGGUAGUGGCAAGGGAGGGAAGGCUCAAAUGUUAAGGGAUUUUUCUUUAGAAAUAUAUGAUAAGCAAGAGUUGCAGUUAAUGGGGCGUCCUGGGAAUAAUCAAUCACGCUGAUCAAAAUCGUAGGAAUUUAGUGUUCAUGUAAGCGCUAACAGAUGGAAUUUAACUACCAAGUUGUCACUUGCAAAUAAUUUCCAGUUCAAGGGUUUCGUUUAUUUGCAAUUUGUGUUUUUUAUUUUCUUUAGAAUUUGUUGCUUUUGUACUUUAUUUAUAUAUACAGAAGCCAUGAACAGUAGUGUGGUUCUUGACUUGUCAAUCUUCGCAAUAUGUCGAGCGAUUAUCAGAAAUAACACUUGGCAUUUGAGAAA